GGGGAAAGUUACGGUUACGGCUUGUUAUUACUUAAUAGAAAGAAUGAGGAAAGUGGUGCCGGUUUUACAGAUUCUCUUCCUAAUCUCACUUGUGAUUGAGAAUGUAAGAGGUUUUACAAAUGUGUACCCAAAAUUGAAGAGCUAUCCCGUUUCGGCUGAUGUAGAUGUUGGUGAACCACUUUUUUUAACGCCGUUAAUUGAAAGCGGUAAAAUAGAAUAUGCUCGUAACAAAGCUGUUGUACAACACAAAGAAAUGGAAGACAUCGGCAGUUAUGCCGGGUAUUUUACCGUGAAUAAAGAAUACAAUUCGAAUCUGUUCUUCUGGUUCUUCCCAGCUGUGCACAACCCAAAAACUGCGCCUAUAGUAUUAUGGCUACAGGGUGGUCCUGGGGCUACAUCCAUGUAUGGUUUAUUUAUGGAAAAUGGUCCAUUUUUUGUUAAUGCUAACAAAACCCUUCAAAAGCGCAAAUACUCUUGGAAUCAGUCUCAUAAUCUAUUGUACAUUGAUAAUCCUGUUGGUACUGGGUUUAGCUUCACUGACAAUGAUAAAGGAUAUGCUACUAAUGAAACACACGUGGGAAGGGAUGUUCAUACUUUAUUGGUUCAAUUCUUCCAAGUAUUCCCAGAACUUCAGGCUAAUGAUUUCUUUGUAAUUGGUGAAUCUUAUGCUGGAAAGUAUGUGCCUGCUGUAUCGCAUGCUAUCAAAGACUUUAAUAUCAAAGCAGAAACAAAAAUAAAUUUGAAGGGUUUAGCAAUUGGGAAUGGACUUACUGAUCCAGAAAAUCAGUUAUUGUACGGUGAUUAUUUGUAUCAAUUGGGAUUAAUUGAUGCAAAUGGAAGAGAUUUGUUUCAUAAGUAUGAAGAGCAGGGUAGAAGUUUGAUUAAACAAAAGAAAUUUGUGGAAGCCUUUGAUGUGUUUGACAUGCUUCUUGACGGUGACUUAAUUGAUCAUCCUUCGUUGUUUAGAAAUUUAACUGGGUUUGAUUUCUACUUUAACUACUUGCAUACCCAAGACCCAAGUGACUCUGACUCUAUGGCACAAUGGAUUCAAAAACCAGAUGUAAGAAAAGCUAUACAUGUUGGUAACUGCACAUUCAAUGUUGAAGCCACUAAAGUAGAGGAACAUUUGAAAGGGGAUAUUAUGCAGUCUUUGGCAGUUCUCAUAACAGAUCUAACCAAACAUUACAGAGUUUUAAUAUACAAUGGUCAGCUUGAUAUUAUUGUUGCAUAUCCCCUGACAGAAAAUUAUUUACGAAACCUCGAUUGGUCCGGUGCUGAAAAAUAUAAAACAGCUCCGAGAAAGUUAUGGUUGGUUGGAAAAGACUUGGCAGGCUACACAAAAACAGUCGAUAAUUUAACAGAAGUCUUAGUAAGAAAUGCUGGGCACAUGGUUCCUUUUGAUCAACCACAGUGGGCUCUUGAUCUUGUUACUCGUUUUACACAUAAUAAGAAGUUCUGAAUACUUUUAUAAAGUAUUUCAGUGGGAACGUGUGUACGAUAACUUAUCGUGGCUAUGAUUACACUUUAGUAGCUGUAAACGUGGUUAUAUAAUAAGAAUUUACGAAAGUUAUGUAUACUUUGAAAACGAACCUGGAAAAUACAUUUGUACUCAAUUUUUUAAGAAUCGAAUUAGUAAACGUUUAUUGAUAAUAAAA